CAACAUUUCAGUCCAAAUGGUAUCUGCAGAAGACAAGUUGGCAAAGAGGAUUCUAGCAAGGAAAAAGCAUGACAAAUUGAAGAAAAAAGAUAAGUUGCUAUGGAAUUUUCAAAACAAAAUAAUUCUCUUUACCCUCAUUCUAUUUAUUUUAGGAGUUGUUACCUGGACAUUACUGUGGCUCUUCAUUGUUCAGGCAGAAAACAAAGAUGCACUGUAUUUUGUUGGACUGUUUCGUGUUGCCAACAUAGAGUUUCUUCCAGAAUAUAGGCAGAAAGAGUCAAAGGAAUUCCUCUCUAUGGCACAGACUGUGCAGCAUGUGAUGAACUUGGUCUACACAACUUCUUCUUUCUCCAAAUUUUAUAAGCAGUCCACCGUCUCAGAAGUCAGUAACAACAACAAUGGAGGCCUUCUUAUUCAUUUCUGGAUCGUAUUUGUGGUACCACAGGCGAAGGGGCAAGUGCUGUGUGAGGAUUGUGUGGCUGCCAUUUUGAAGGAUUCCAUUCAGACAAGUAUAAUUAACAGGACUUCGGUGGGAAGUCUUCAGGGCCUUGCAGUCGACAUGGAUUCCAUUGUCCUAAGUGCAGGUCUUCGGUCAGAUUAUUGGUCAACAACAGGAACAGGAACAAAUUGCAUGUAUGAUGUCUAUGCUGACAGACUACACGAGCACUUUCCUCUGGAUACACGAGCUACCUCAGAGGGAACAAUCUGCUAUUUUAAGCUUAUUGCAUCUGUGGGCCACCUUAUCCGCCUUUCAAUAGUAUCCCUUCAGAUUGAAGCAGAUAACUGCAUCACUGACUCACUCACUGUUUAUGACUCUCUGAUGCCAAUCAAAGACAAGAUACUCUACCGAGCCUGUGAAGCAGCUGAUUCAUUGGUGUCACUUGUGUCCACAAAUAAUCUCAUGCUGGUAAUAUUUAAGGCAGCACAAGUAAAGGAGCAAAAGGAAUUCCAUGGCUAUUUUGAGGUCAUUGUACAAGAAAGGUGUGGAAAAGCAAUACUGACAAAAGAGGAAACUGGCUAUGAAGGGAGAAUCACAAGUCCAUAUUACCCAAGCUAUUAUCCUCCAAAAUGCCUGUGUGCAUGGAACUUCCAGACUCCACAGAAGAGCCUUGGUGUGGCUCUGAAGUUUCAUAACUAUACCAUUAGUGAGAAGAAUAUUAAAGGCUGUGAGCGAGGGUGGUGGAAAAUUAAUGAACGCAUGUACUGUGGUUACUAUGUUGAUCACCAAACAGUCUUCCACAUUAAGAGUUCUGCUGUCAGUGUGGAGCUUCAGUGCAGCUCAAAGGUCUCUGAGAAGCCUCUGCUGGUGGAGUAUGGCAGCUAUAGCAUCGGCCAGCCAUGUCCACCUGGACAUUUCAAGUGUUCCACUGGCUUAUGCAUCCAGCAGAUGCAGCGCUGUGAUGGCAUAAACAACUGCUUCGAUGAAAGUGAUGAACUCUCUUGUGUUGUCCCUGAGUGGAACUGUAACUCCAGCUUUGCAAUACAGGACAACUUGCUUGUCUGCAAUGGAGUAAGUGAUUGUGAGAACGGAAAAGAUGAGCAGAACUGCACUCAGAGUAUUCCCUGCACCAACCACACAUUCAAGUGCAGGAAUAACAUUUGCAUUAGGAAACAAUAUGCAAAGUGUGAUGGGACUGUGGACUGUGUUGAUGGAAGUGAUGAAAGCAGCUGCAGCUGUGGCAGUAGCAAGAUCAGCAGUCUCAUCUCUCGGAUUGUAGGUGGCUCAAACACUGAGGAAGGUGAAUGGCCCUGGCAGGUCAGCCUUCAUUUUGUGGGAGCCGCUUACUGUGGAGCAUCAGUGAUAUCGAAGGAAUGGCUUGUGUCUGCAGCCCACUGCUUUCAAGGGAGCAAACUGGCUGACCCCAGAGCAUGGCGUGCCCACCUGGGCAUGCAAAUGCAAGGCCAUGCCAAGUUUGUGUCUGCAGUAAGGCGGAUCGUAGUGCACGAGUACUACAACAGCAGGAACUACGACUACGACAUCGCGCUGCUGCAGCUGAGCACGCCGUGGCCAGACACCAUGAGCCACUUCAUCCAGCCCAUCUGCCUCCCUCCCUCUUCCCAUAAAGCCCGCAGCGGGGACAAGUGCUGGAUAACAGGUUGGGGCCAGAAGCAGGAAGCAGGUGAGUUUUAUCCCUUCCAUUCAGCUAAUUUUGUUCCCAGGAGCCUUCACAGCUGGGGGACUGUGCAUGUACCUUCGUGUGCUGAGGAAACUUGGCUGCUGGUCCCAUGGAUCUGAAUGCCUUCCAUAUUACAUUGUUAGUGUAGGGAGCAACCCUAAAAUAUCACAGUGUUGUCUUUCCCCUCUGUUCCCCUUGGAGGUGUGGGAUGCAUGGUGUGGUUUCUCUCUUUGGGCUGCUGGUUAGUCGUAUGUGAAACUAAAAAGCUGAUUAUUUAGAAGAAACAUAAUGCCUCAAAAAACCAAAGAAAUGGGUGGCAGGGGGGAUGUAUUUUUUUUCCUGUUUCCCUUUGUCUUCUUUUAAUAUGUAAGUGCCAAAUCAGUAUUUUAAUUUAAAAGUAGACUUUAUUACAUACUGGCUUUAUCAAAUCCUAAAACAAAGUUUCAUGUAAACUAGUGCUUGCAUAUUUGAAUAUGUGGGUGAGGGCUUUUUGGCUAUAACCAGAUUUUGAAAGGAUCACCUGGUGAUAAAAUUGGGCCUGCUGUAUUGAAAGGAAGGGAAAUUUUGGGUUAAUUCUGUUACUAUUAAAGUAUAUAUGUUAUAAAAAUGAGGUGUUUCACCAAAUCUUUCAGAUAGAAAGAAACAAAUUUAGAAAUUGGUUCUUUAUGCUGUCAAAAUUCACAUUCUGAAACUCUUGACUCAUUAUCUUAGUCUUUAAUUUGGCGUCUUCAGAUAUGCUUUCCUCACUGCAAAUCUGUCAUGUGAUGAUAUAAAUUCUGUUUCCUUUUCUGUAAAUUUCUGUUUCCUUUUUGAAAUAAAAAGAGAGAAAAUUAAGAAGUCUCAAGACAUUUUGGAAAAAACAAAGAAAAAUCUUUUUGGCCAAUCCUAGUGAGUAUUCCAUUGUAUUUGGUGUGUCUGAAGGACCCAGAUAAUGUUACACAAUUGCCUGAUAGUUCUAAGAGGCUUUCUGCUCUGUUAUAGUUAAUUGUUUGGAAUCUGGAAUAACUUGAUGGUCAAAAAUAUCUAUGGAUAUUUUCUGAAGGCCUCUUGUUUUUUAUUUCAACAGAUGAGUAAAAUGAGCUAAACUCUGUUGAAUCACCCUGCUCUGAAUUUGUUUUCCAGAUGAUGAAGGUUCAGUAGUUCUUCAGAAAGCAGAGGUAGAAAUUAUUGACCAGACAAUAUGUCAUUCCACAUAUGGGAUUAUCACAGCUAGGA